AACAACAUCGCGGUGCGCAAGAGCCGCGACAAGGCGAAACGGCGCAACCAGGAGAUGCAGCAGAAGCUGUUGGAGCUCUCGGCCGAGAACGAGAAGCUGCACAAGAAGAUCGAGCAGCUCACCCGGGACUUGACCAGCCUCCGGCAUUUCUUCAAACAGCUGCCCGGUGCCUCCUUCCUGCAGCCCGGCUCGGGCACCGACU